ACGAAACACGGUGGCUUGGAAACUCUUUGUAAUAAAAGAAGUGUAGCAAUGCGCUGCUUGCAGAAAGUUGGCGAAAUGUGAUAAAAUUGAUGGCGCAACUUAUGCUUCAGUACAGGAGAGCACUUACUGGUGUUUUAUGAAGAUAAUCUGCUUUAAAUAUAAUGGCUGACCUCAUGAGUUUAUCUGCAGAACAGACUGAAAAGAUACUGCAAUUCCAGGAUCUAACUGGAAUUGAAGAUAUGUCUGUCUGCCGCGAUGUGCUGCAACGACAUGCUUGGGACUUAGAGGUGUCAGUACAGGAACAACUCAACAUGCGUGAGGGCCGACCGUCGGUCUAUUCUCGGGAUAGGGAACCUCCAGACUUGGUGCAGUCUCCACCACCUGUCAAUGAAUCACGCAUCAGUCAAUUUUUCUUCUCAACACCUGCCCCUGCAAGAGGCAGUCGUGGCAUUUUAUCUUAUAUUGUCUCACUGUUCUUCAGAAUAUGCUAUGAUACAGUAGCAACCUUUUUGCGGUUUACAUUUGGUUUUAUAAGGCCCGAUCCAAGGAGAUAUAUUACUGAUCCUGUUGGUGAUGUACUUAAAUUUAUAAAUUCCUUUGAAGAAAAAUAUGGAUCAAGGCAUCCAGUGUUUUAUCAAGGAACAUACAGCCAGGCACUGAAUGACGCUAAGCGAGAGCUUCGUUUCCUUCUAAUAUACUUGCAUUGUGAAGAUCAUCAAGAUACCGACAAUUUCUGUAGGAACACAUUAUCAGAUAUGGAGGUUGUGACAUACAUUAAUACAAAUAUGUUGUUUUGGGGCUGCUCUGUGACCACCCCAGAGGGCUAUCGAGUAUCUCAGGCAUUACGAGAAAAUGGCUACCCGUUUCUGGCAGUAAUUUGUCUUCGGGAAAACAGAAUGACUGUUGUUGGGAGGUUGGAGGGUUCAGUAAAUCCACAAGAGCUCAUACAGCGACUACAGACCAUCGUACAAGAAAAUGAAGCAGCUCUUAUUGCCGCCAGAGCUGAGAGGGUGGAGCGCAACUUCAAUCAGACUCUGAGGCAGCAGCAGGACCAGGCAUACUUGGAAUCUCUGCGUGCAGAUGAGGAGAAAGAGCGAAGGCGCUGUCAGGAACGUGAGAGAUUGGCUGAUGAAGAACGAAGCAGGCGAGAACAGGAACAGGCAGAACGUAAUCGGCUAGAGGAAAUCCGAAGGCAGAAGGUAGAAUUCAUGAACAGGAUACCAGAUGAACCAGACAAGAAUCACCCAGAUGCCGUCCAUAUUGUUAUAAAGCUUCCAGAUGGGACUCGCCUUGAACGACGGUUUCUGCGGAGUCACACAUUGGAUGCUGUUUUCUAUUAUAUAUUUUGUCACCCAUCAUCACCAGUGAGUUUUGAAGUGGCAACAAAUUUUCCAAAACGUGUCCUACAAUGCUCUCCUGGAGCAGAGGGAACAGCAAAGCAGACACUGGCAGAAGCUGGCCUCAUUCGGAGAGAAGUGCUGUUUGUUUAUGAUUUGGAUGCAUAAAUGUGAUAAUUUUUUACAUUA